UUGACAUCUCCUCGUUGUUUCUCCAGUUUUCCUCUCCGAAAUGGAGCUCUGGUUGCAGGGCUCCUCUUUGAACGCAUCCACACUGUUCCACAAUGCCAGCAAGCUGCUAAACGCCACUGGGAAUUACACCAACGAUGAAUUCAUUGAAGUCAACCUCUUCGAUAUCCUGGGUCCAAAACGAUCUCCCUUCUUCCUCCCCGUCACCAGUGUUUACCUUCUCAUCUUCCUCACCGGCUUGUCCGGGAACCUGCUCACGUGUGCAGUGAUAGCGAAGCACAAGAAGAUGCGCAACCCCACCAACCUCUACCUGGUGAGCCUGGCCGUGUCGGACCUCCUGGUGCUGUUGUUCGGGAUGCCCCUGGAGAUCUACGACCUUUGGCAUAACUACCCGUUCCCCUUCGGCGAGAGCGGCUGCUACUUCAAGACCUUCCUCUUCGAGACGGUCUGCUUCGCCUCGAUCCUCAACGUCACGGCUCUGAGCGUGGAGAGGUACAUCGCCGUGGUGUACCCGCUCAAAACGCGGUACCUGUCGACCAAACGGCACGCCAAGCGGGUCAUCGCCAUCGUGUGGGCGGUUUCCAUGACAUGCGCCAUCCCCAACACCUCCCUGCACGGCAUCUUCUACCUCCCGGAAAGAAUGGAGGAGUCGGCUAUAUGCACUGUGCUGAAGCCCCUGUGGAUCUAUAACAUGGUCAUGCAGAUCACCACCGUGUGCUUCUACUUUGUGCCCAUGAUGGUGAUUAGCGUGCUGUACCUGGUGAUGGGCCUUCACUUGUGCCGAGAGAGGCAGCAGCCCGGCGGAAACCUGGGAAAGAACUGCAGCAGCAUCAUGCGAAAGAAGAACAGCGUGAAUGGACGCAGGAGACAGAUCAACAAGAUGCUCACGAUCGUGGUGGCCGUGUUCGGAGUCUGCUGGGCGCCCUUCCACAUCGAGAGGCUCCUGUGGAGCUCCAUCAGCCAGUGGACCAACUUGAUGCACAACGUUUACGAGUACGUCCACAUCGUGUCGGGCGUCUUCUUCUACCUCAGCUCCGCCAUCAACCCCAUCAUCUACAGCCUGCUCUCCACGAGGUUCAGGGAGUGUUUCCGAGAACUCGUCUGCUCCAAGACGGAGGACAACAGUCCCGUCAGAGACUCGCCGCCAUUGCCCAAGAUGUUACUGGAACCCUGUGUCUCAAGUGGCAGAGCUCAGGCUGAAGGGAAGGAGUGCACCACUUGCAUCCCUUUGCUGUCUCCUAACAUGACACUGAGCAUGGACACUGCAAUCCUCACAUGUGCAUGUAAAGAGACCUCUGUGUUCUAA